UCUCCGGACUCUUUCAUCGCACAACAUUGGUUCACCAUGUCUAGCAACCGCGGAUUCGAUACGGGUGAGGGCACCUACGACCGCGAGGCAGAGGCGCGCGGCGAGGGCCUCGACGUCAACGAGGGCCCCACGGGCUACCACGGCCUGAGCACCGGCGGUGGCAGCUACGACGACGAAGAGGGCAAAAAGGGUCACGGCGAGGGCUUCUCCACCGGCGAGGGCGAGGCCGAUCGGCCAGGCGAGGACCUCAAUGCGGGUCAGGACGGCCACAAAAAGGGCGGUGGCGUCUCGCUCAAUGCCGGCGGCGAUGACGACGAUGAUCCAAAUGCAAACGGCACCUACGACGUCGGCGCCCAUCUCAGCAACUUUGCCCACAAGAUCGGAGACAAGAUCCAUCACAAACAGUAGACGUCCCCUUCCUCCCCGCGUAGCCUUUUUUCCCUCCCUUGCCCAGUUUAUGCUACAUGUCCGUUCUCGCUGUUUCUGUAAACCCCCAUACCUCUUUGCUUCUUCUCGCCCGCCCAAGCAGUAACGUUGCCACUUUGUAAAUUGAGAAAGUGGAAGCCCCCGUCACACUCGGCCCAUGAUGUGCCCACACCCCAGUAGGAUGGUCAACAGUGUCAUGAUGUCCGCAAGCGGGAAUGUGGAGUCAAGCUUACUGAUUCCAGCGGGCAUAGUCGAGGCUUAGUCGAGGCUUCUGCCAAGCGGAAGUCAGGCUACACACUUAUGAUGACCCAUUCACACAGAAUGG